AUGAUGAUGAUGAUGAUGUGUAUUGAAGCUGUGGCAACGUGGUAUUCAGAAGGCGUAGGAGCUGGAAUAGAAAGACUGAAGCAAGAGAUAUCUUUACCAAGAGUCGCUGAUGCCUUGAAGAUCAGUCUAAGAACGGUUUCAAGCAUUAAAAUGUCUAAAGAUCGAAAUGAGCUACCCUCAACACCGGGAAAGAACAGACCUCGAAAAAAAUGUAAAACUCAAGACUUGAAUGAAGGUUUGAAGAUGGAGGUUCGCAAUAUUCUGUAUGACUUGUAUGCACAAAAGAAACAAGUUACAAUUAAUAAACUAAACGAGGAGUUGCGUCGCAGAGAAAUUGUUGACAUAAGUUAUGGAAGUCUUCGAACACUCCUUUUUAGUUUGGGAUUUAAAUACAAAAAGGAUGAUAACAGACGAGCAUUAAUGGAGACAUCCAAUAUAGCUUCUAUGAGAGCAGCCUUUUUCAGAAAAUACAUGGGAAAACAAAAUUCUGCAAUUUCCUCGUCAACUCGUAUUUUUAGAUGA